AUGGGUUCAGAUGUCCGUGAGCUGAAUUCCCUGUUACCUCCAGUCCCAGCCGGGCCCAAUCCAAGCUGCCCUGCCCUACCGGUCAGCACGGCUCCCCAGUGGGCCCCAGUCCUGGACUUCCACAAUGCCACCUCCCCUUAUUCGUCUCUGGGAGCCCCUCAUUCGUCCCUCGGGCCGCACUCCUUCAUCAAACAGGAGCCCAGUUGGGGGAGCGCAAGCGACCCUCACCACCUUGAUGCGGAUCCUCACUGCGGCCUCAGCGCCUUCACCGUCCACUUCUCGGGACAGUUCACGGGCACGGGAGCCUGUCGCUACGGGGCUGCAUUCGGAGCGCCCCCUCCUGCGCCCGCCCCCUCUGGCCAACCGCCUUCAGUCGGCGCCCCCCAUCAUCAUCAACCCCCCAGCAGGAUGUUCAGCAACCCACCAUACCUGACCAACUGCAUGGACACGCAACCUGCCCCCCGAAGCCAGACAGGUUACAACACAGUUGCGUUCGAUGGCGCCAGCAAUUACGGUCACACUCCAUCUCACCCCAGUUCUCAGUUCUCCAAUCACUCCUUCAAACAUGAAGACACAUUAAGUCAUCAGAACGUCAUUGCAGAGCAACAGUAUUCUGUGCCCCCUUCGAUGUAUGGAUGUCACACCCCUUCAGACAGCUGUACAGGCAGCCAGGCUCUGUUGCUGAGGAACCCCUACAACAGUGGUGAAAAUUUAUAUCAAAUGACCUCACAGUUGGAGUGUGUGGCUUGGAACCCUGUCAAUACACUGGCAUCCACCGUGAAGAGUCAUACAGGGGGCUACGACAGUGACCCCAGCGCACCCAUGGUGUACAGUUGCAGUACACAGUACCGGAUACACACGCAUGGCGUCUUCAGGGGAAUACAGGAUGUAAGGCGGGUACCAAGCAUUGCUCCGGCAAUAGUCCGAUCAGAGAGCAACGAAAAGCGUCCAUUCAUGUGUCCACACCCGGGUUGCAACAAGCGCUACUUUAAGCUGUCACAUCUGCAGAUGCAUGGCCGCAAACACACAGGGGAGAAACCUUACCACUGUGAUGUUGCAGAAUGUGGUCGAGGCUUCUCUCGAUCGGACCAGCUCAAAAGACACCAGAGGAGGCAUACAGGUGAUAAACCCUUCCAAUGUGCGACGUGUCAGAGAAAGUUCUCUCGAUCUGACCACCUUAAGACACACACCCGGACUCAUACAGGUAAAACAAGUGAAAAGCCGUUCAACUGCCGUUGGCCAAAUUGUCAGAAGAAGUUUGCUCGCAGUGAUGAAUUGGUGAGGCACCACAACAUGCACCAGAGGAACCUCACCAAGCUCCAACUGGCUAUCUGA